AUGAAGGGCUUGCUUUUCGUUCCAUCCACACCGCUUUCAACUCCGCCAAUUUUCAUUCUGGCACCGUGCCAGUGUGCUUGUUGUCACUACAAUUCCAAGAAACCACAAGAGAAAGGUAGUAAACAAAUCGAACCUAGUAUAAUCGCUGCAACGUUGGAUCCACAAUGGCGUAGAAGGAUGUUUUUAUCUGCUGGAGCGAUUGGCUUAUUUUCCAUAUCUAUUUAUGCGUACAUCACUAAAAUUAAUGGAUCUUGUACUGGGAAGUCCCGGUGCUCAGCGUCAAAGAAAAAGAAGCAACCAGCAUUUGAUGUUGUCUUUCUUCGACAAUUAAUGAAACUUCUCAAAAUUAUGGUGCCGGGAGUGUUAAGUAAGGAGGCAGCAAUUAUUGCAAUCCACUCUGUGAUCCUUGUCUGUCGUACGUUUCUGUCAAUUUAUGUUGCUGGUUUAGAAGGACGGAUAGUUAAAGCUAUUGUGCAAAAGGAUGUCAUCAAAUUUUCACUCCAAUUAACGAAAUGGAUACUCGUCGCCUUACCGGCCACCUUCAUCAACAGUAUGAUCAGAUACUUUGAAAGCGUACUGGGACUCGCAUUCCGUUCACGACUCACCUUAUUUGCCUACAAACAGUACUUCUCGGAUAAGACGUACUAUACUGUUUCCAAUUUGGACAAUCGUCUACAAAACGUUGAUCAGUGCCUGACGGAAGAUAUCACUAUGUUUAGUCAGUCCGUAGCUCAUCUUUAUUCUCACCUCACUAAGCCAAUACUGGAUAUCGCUCUUAUCUCGUUCACAUUGGUCAGAUACGCGGUACGUCGUGGUGCAGCAGGACAGAAUGUGGUUGUACCUGCUGUACUUGCCACAUUGGUGGUUGGUGUCACAGCUACCCUCUUGAAAACAAUUUCACCCAAGUUUGGCCAUAUGGUAGCGGAAGAAGCGAAAAGAAAAGGACAUCUUCGUUAUCUUCACUCACGAGUUAUCACAAAUUCCGAAGAGAUCGCAUUCUACGGAGGCCAUGUGGCUGAGUACAAACAACUAUCCGGCGCAUAUGAAAAUCUUCGGCAACAGAUGAAGCUGAUAUUCCGGAAAAAAAUCCUUUACAUUACGGUGGAACAAUUUCUAAUGAAAUAUGUUUGGUCGGGGACUGGAAUGGUGAUGAUCGCGCUUCCAAUACUCUCAGCGGAUUUUACCUCUGCUGAUAAGACUCGAAGAUUGGAGGACGAACCGGAUGGUGGUGUUUCGGAACGUACACGUGGAUUUGCCACCGCCAAAAAUCUCCUCUAUUCCUCUGCGGACGCCGUCGAAAGGUUAAUGACAUCCUAUAAAGAGAUAACAGAACUAGCCGGUUACACUGCUCGAGUACAUGAGAUGUUCGACGUGUUCAACGCAAUCAAAGUGGGACCUUACAACCGUAAUCUGACGCAUGGAAAUCAGAAAGGAAUCAAACACUGUGAACAGUUUGACACGUCCAGGAUAGAAGGUGAAGUGGUGAAAUCCAUGGACAACGCUAUCGUUCUACAUAACGUUCCCAUUGUUACACCAAAUGGAGAUGUUGUAGUGAAAAAUAUGUCGGUUGAGAUCAGGGCAGGUAUGCACACAUUAAUUACUGGACCGAAUGGAUGCGGAAAAAGUUCCUUAUUUCGAAUAUUGGGUGGACUUUGGCCGGUAUAUUCUGGCAGGGUGGAACAACCAUCCACAGAUUGUAUGUACUAUAUUCCACAACGGCCAUAUAUGACCCUUGGGACACUACGAGACCAGGUGAUUUAUCCUGAUACUGCGGCUCAAAUGAGAAGCAAAGGUAUGACUGAUAUGGACCUAGCCCAUAUACUGGAUAUAGUCCACCUUUCUCAUAUUGUGGAAAGGGAAGGAGGAUGGAGCGCAAGGAACGACUGGAUGGACGUACUUUCUGGUGGCGAGAAACAACGAAUGGGUCUGGCUAGAGUGUUCUAUCAUAAACCUUUAUACGCUCUUCUGGAUGAAUGCACUUCGGCGGUUUCGAUUGACGUUGAAGGAUGUAUUUAUCAAGCGAUUAAGGAUAGUGGGAUUACUCUUCUCACCGUUACUCAUAGACCAAGCUUAUGGAAGUUCCAUACCCAUUUGCUACAGUAUGACGGUGAAGGUGGGUACAAAAUGAGUUGUUUGAGUGAUUCGGCUAUUGGGGAACGACUUUCUUUGUCUGAAGAGAAGAAAGAACUCGAGGAAAAACUCGGGAAAGUUUCUCAAAUGAAAGAUCGACUUGCUGAGUUGUGUCAGAUACUCGGAGAAGAUACGGAAUCUGCUGAUCUGAUUUCUGACAGUGAAAAUGAGUCGUAA